AUGUCUUCGGGUGCCGCGCUCGACUCGAUUCUGAGGCGGGAGUGCUCUCACAUCGGCAAGUCGUUCGAGCAUUCUGGCGCGUCUCGGUUCAUCGCCAGGCCGAGCGGGAGAUCGCUUUUCGCCAAGCUCGACGAUCAUGUGGAGCAGACGGUGGGCGAAGCUCACAGCCUCGUAGCUAUGCAUAGAGCUCAGCUGGAAAGCAGUGAUGAGUCAGCAGCAACAAUGUCUCCGCAAGUGCACGCCUUCGGCAAGACGCAAGACGGCAACCGAGCCUACUUGGUGACUGACUACCUGGAUCUCAAACCUUCUCUCGGCAGAGACGCACAGAAGGUGUUGGGACGAAGGCUGGCAGAAAUGCACAAACAUAGCAUUGGCGAGGACGGACGGUUUGGGUUCCACGCCGCCACUUAUUGCGGGCGCCAGGACAACACCUGGGAAGUCUCUUGGCCCAAGUUCUGGGCCGAACGUCGUAUCGGAGAUCUCGUCAACCGGAUUCACGCGUCACACCCGGACCCCGAGCUCAGGAAGCUGGAACAGCAGAUGCGGGACAGAGUCUAUCCUGUGCUGCUUGCGCCACUCGAGGGAAUAGUCAAGCCUUGUAUACUGCACGGAGAUCUUUGGUCUGGUAACGCAGGAACCGUCAUCUCAUCCGGCCAACCGGCCAUCUUUGACUCUAGCUACUAUGGUCACAACGAAGCCGAGCUCGGAAUCAUGCACAUGUUUGGAGGCUUCACACAGGACUUUUUCGCCGCUUACCACGAGGUCAUGCCCAAGACAGAGCCGUACUACGAUCAACGGAUUCGGCUCUACGAGCUCUACCAUCACCUGAAUCAUACGCUCAUGUUCCAGGGCGGCUACCGGUCGGGCGCCGUUGCGAUCAUGAAAUCGCUCAUCGACUUCUGCGAUGGCAAAGCAUCCGCAGAAUGA